GUACGCAUAACGAGGCCAAACGGGUGGACCUCGCAUGUAAUAUGUGGCGUGUUAUUUGCCCUGUUACGUGCCCUACGCUAGGCCUGACAGCCGCCAAUACCGAUUUACUUUUGGGUCGCUGCUGAGGUGUAUUUCUUGCCUAUACACCAUGCGUUUCGUCCUCUUUUUUUCCUUUUCUUAAAACCCACUCUGGCCGACGUGUUCUAUUGUUCAUUCGUUAGUUCCCCCCUUUCAACGAGGAUCUGAAGAAUGGCAUCGGAUGCACCAAAACGGAGGCCCAAGUCGGGGGCCUUCCCCGGAAAGUUUAGAACCUUCGUUAACGACAUGAAGCGGUUCAGGAUCCACCGCCAUGAAAAGAAAAAGAGCGAAGAAGCCAUGGCAGAAUCCACUUCCCUCCUCGAGAUCCCCCCUCAAGCCCCUCAACCGGCCCGUGAAACGAAACCAGCCUCCUUAUCGCGGAGUCCUCUACCUGUGGCAAAUCUUGCUGUCCAUGUCACUAUCACUUUUGGUGAACCCUUGAAUUACUCAUACAGCCGCAAUUAUGAAGCCUCGCCGUCACUCCAGGCCACCGAGGCCUUAUGCCAGGGUUUACUACGCCGUGUUGACCAUUGUUGCCAUGAGUUAAUCACCCGUAAAGACUCAACAGCAAUGGGGUAUGCUGCUGCGAGCGGUUCAGAUAAACCCUUAAAAUUCGAAAUUCAAGUCAACAUCAUCCGGGGAUGGUCCGAGAUUUGGGCUUCUAGGACCUUUAAAUCGUACCAAAAACAACUACUAUCUGUUGAAGCUGCAAGGGAAAUCAUUAUCUCCACCCAUCACAUAAUAGGGCUAUUUCUUAGACGCCACGACCAAGCUUUCGUCUGGAAGGACGGCCCGGUCCGUGACGACCCGUUAGAGGAGCCCGGAAAAUUCCCCCAUCGUGCUGGCCGCGUUCAGCCCAUGUCAUGUGUCCCACGCUCUUACUUUCUUGAAAAGUCUCAAACAUUCGAGUCUAUACCUGGCUACACUAUUAGCUUCUCCUUCACAAGCCGAUGUCAACGUCGGAAGCCAUCCGAAUGGCAAACAACUGUUGAAGUCAAUAGUGGCCAGCCAGCGCCCUUAAACUCGAUUGGUGCAGAGGGUUUGUUUUUUGAAGCGUCUUACGCUGUAGAAGGCGUUUUGAGAUCCGAAAGACAAGCGUUUGAGAAGGUCCACGGCGAAUGUAUUAGCCUGGACGGAUGUAAAGAAUGUCGACACCAUGACAACGAUGGGUUGGAAUUGAAGUUUUCAAUCGCGAACAACCUUGGCCCCCAAUUCCCCAAUCUGGAGCGAAUUAUCCAUUGCAGUAGCAAUCUUUCCUUUUCCUCUGACGCUGAGAAAUGUCUCAACUUUGUAAACAAAGUUGAAGCUGCCCUUGCCCCAAUUCGAGACGACGCCGAUGAUACCAUCGGCCGAAUGAACGAUCUGGAGUUUAGAAUAACAGAGCUCCGCGGCCAUGGUUGGUCUCUGGACGAACCACUCAUUUUUGUCCUGGAUUCCUCCUACUCCUAUUCCCAGAGGAAAGUUGAAGCCAUACUUGAUCGUAUUCAAGCUGGCGUCGCAGACAUACUCCGAGGUAACGCUAUUUCUGUCAGAAUGACGGCUCAUAAGCGUGGCCACUUCAUUUUGGAUAAGACUUUUGUGGCACGAGAGCCCUUUGAAUCCACAGAAAAGAAGAGAAAAAGACAACCUCAGAAGUCCAAGGCUUAUGUUCUGGACCGGUUGCGGCAACGGAUUGACCGUGAUAUUGCGACUGCUUGUAAAGACACUUUGACGCUUGACGAUGAAGAAGAGGCUAGGAGUCUCGUGAAUGAAGUUGGCAUUUUAGAUGAGAACGUUCCUACUCCACGGGCCACAGACAUUGCAAUCUCCACGACUUCCACCUCCUCGGUUGCUUCAGGCGGAUACGAACCGGACGAAUCACUUCCUAACAAUAGCACGGAGCAGCGCGAAGACACCACUUAUCCGACCCCGGAUCCAGCGAAUAGCGCCGACACGUCGGUUUCCAGGAGCACGACAGAAAACGAAACCUCGAACGAAACAUCCAACGAAACGUCAAACAAAACGUCGAAUGAAGUAUCGAAUGAGACAUCAAAUGAGUCUUCAAACGAAAUUUCAACGUCCACGAACGAAAAGUCCGAGGCUACACAAACUGAGGAAUCCGCACACUCGCCCAUCUCAGGCCGCCCACCCAUUCCCGCUCGGAGAUCAUCAAUGGCCAUAACUUGCUCAAACACGGGCGCGCGGGCCUUCCCGUUGGUACCAGGACUGGAUCAUUACGUAGGGCCUGACGACUCCGCUGUAGACAAUGAGUCUGGUGGAGGGGAUCUAUCACGGAAUGUAUCCAAUGAACCAGUUGGGGAUCAUCAACCGCGCCAAUCAUCGGGUUCUCGACCGAGUACCGUCAGCGAAACUCCUAGGGAGUCCGAAGACCGGGAGCUUGUCAUAACGAGUAGCCAGGAGGAUGAGCCGGAACCGCUGCCAAAUUACGAACCUUCGGUUGCUUCAUCAACUCCCAGCCUCAUGUUUGGUGACGGCUCUUCUCCUAGCAGCAGCCUCCUUAUCACUCCAAAGAACAACCGCCUUAGCGGUGAGGUGGACCAUACGAAAAAUAACAUCGUUGAUAGCGACAGCGAAAGCGACGAUGAUGAAAAUAUUAAAUUUCCGAAACCCUCUCGCAUUGAAACACGACGAGACUUUGCAAAAAGCCGGCUCAGCCCCUCGCCUACGCUACGACAUGCUACAAGGUCGAUUGCCUCGUCUCCACUUCGUUUGAGUCAAUCCACCCAGGAACAAAACAGUCUUGGUAUCCUGGCGAAUGGCGAUGCCCCAACGAAGAAUAUCGACUUUGCAAAUAUGGAUACCAGCCAGAAAGAUUUACCUGCCCCUGUGGUGGUCCAACCCCUCUCGAACGGAGUCGAUCAUUUGGAUGUUUUCACAUCAACGCCACUUCCGAACGGAAAUCUAGACGCGAAUAAGACUGAGGUGGAAGAUCAAGAGUCUCAGGAGGACGAGGACGAGGACAAAGAAGAAGAGGAAGAGGAAGAGAUGGAACUUCCCUCUAUUACUGCAGCUGUACUCCCUAGUCAAUCCAGACAAACUAUCGUGAGCGAAGACGGGGGCGCGUAUUUAGAUCCAGAUACCGAAUCGGACACAGACGACUUCGCGCAAUCGAAACCGGACUUUAUCUUCUCGUCUCCACCAGCGGCGACUCCCGAAUACGCAGGAUCAGAGUACGAAGGUGACGGCAGUCCGAUAAGGCCAAGAACAAGACAAGGAGCCGUGAGCCCUGAUCCAUCCGAAGACAUGGACAUAUCGCCUUCCAAAGUCCCGCGACGGCCAUUACAGCCACAGCGCAGGUCUUUCGGCAGUGCUGGUGUACUGGGCUUCCAUGAGCAGAUUUUCGGCUCGCUUAGUCUACGGACUGCGUUAAGUCCACGACCGAAUUCUGACUUUGGAGACCUCGCGCGGCCCGAGAUAAAGAGGCCAGGUACCGCCAUGUGAUUUAUUUAGGAGUCUAUGGGUUAUUUACAUUUUUAAAUAUACGCGCGAGCUAUUUUGGAGUUAAGGGUUAUUUGGAUAUGGAUGGGAUUGGCAUUGCAUGAUUGAAUGAACUGGAUGAUAGCUCGCUGGUAUAUAUAAAAUAUGAAUAUGUUUUGGAAAGGGGAAGGAUAUCAUUAGGUUGCAUAGGCCCCUUGGUAUAUACCGAGUAGCAUUGUAUAUAUAACAACAAAGAAACAAUAUACAAAAAUAUUAAGGGAGACUGCGGUGUCACUGCAAGACUGCUGCGAUAUGU